AUGUUACCCGGUCUUAUUAUCCGUAGUUUCGUUUUCUGUUCACUGGCAAGGGUAGGCGAGCUUACCACUCCCCUAGUCGGUGAUAUCCUGGAAAGAGCUGGGUGCCCUACUCUUCUUUGCGUUCUUGGAGGCCAUCUUUUGAUUAAUCUGAAAGAAGCGGCAGAGUUGGGAGUUAAUGAAGGGACGAACUAUAGGGCACACAGCAUUAAAGUCAUUACCUCCGAAUUGGGCUCAUUGAAGGUAGCUGGUCCCAGUUAUGGUUCAGGCUCUGACGCCGUUGUGCGAGUGGCUGUCUUCUUGCGCAAUCCGCGCAGGGCUGCGAAGUCUAUAGGACCAAUAUAUUCCACUUAUGCAUUAAGAACAGGACAGGGGACAAGUGGAGCCGAUGUUCGUGAACAAGGAUUCCGUGACCGUGGUGAUCAGUAUCACCCAAUGGAUCAAUCAGACGCAUGA